UGCUACCAUACCUUCACCUCGUGUCGAACCAAAAGCCCAGUCGCCAACAGCCUACUAGUACCCGCUGUUUCUCCCUGCCACAACCUCCCAUCAAGGAUUCACUUCCAUUCCGCUUCCCGCCAUUGCUCCAUCCUUUCUACGCCUCCGUUCUUCGUCUCCCGCUCUCAAAGCUUCCCUUCCUACGCACGACUGCUAUCAUCGAAAUCAUGGCGUUUGCGAGAUCAGCGCUGUCGCUCGUGUUUCUGAUGCUGCUGUCUGCGUCUGGUGCGCUCGGCAUCACGGUGGUGCCUGGCGUGUGCAAGCCGUCGACGCUCAGCAAGGAUUUCAAGAAGAUGGUCCAAUUAAGGCCCAAUGUGUUUUUCCACUGGAAGAUCGUCGGCGCGAACCUUGUGGGAGCCAUUGAAGCCAAGGCGGCGAGCAAGGUGAACACGGGGUGGAUCUCGCUCGGCUUCUCCAAGGCGGGCAAGAUGACUGGUUCGGACGCCAUCGUCGGCAACGCGGGGGGCGGCGUCCAGGCUUACCUCAUGAGCAGCAUCUCCAAGUCAGCGAUUAAGCCGUCGCCUAAUUUCAAGAUCACUGCCGCCACCGUCACUGCGACCGCUGCCUCGACUAUUGUCAAGUUCACCAGAACGGCGAAGGGCAACGUGGCUCUGAAUCUUGCAGGGAAGAACAUUCUCCUGUGGGCCACCUCCAAGGGCGGCAAUUCGAAGGUUUUCAACGACCAUACCCCCACCAACAGGGGAGCUGUCUCCAUCAACUUCGGCACGUGCAAGUAGUGGUUUGCCAUGCGAAUAUCUAAUGGCAGUGCCCUGCAGUCAGUGAUUGCAUGGCACGAGAGAAGCCACUUAUACAACGAUUCCAUCAUAGACUACUAGCAUGGCCUCAUCACCUGAUUCGCGAUGGUCUAGGACCGCAUGCCCCUACGAAAAUUCGUCGAAUUAAGAAGUGUUUGUCCAUUUACAAGAAAUAUCACGCUUCCUAUUCUUGUGUCGCAUUGUGAAACUAGAAUGC